CGGAGCUGAUGUGGAGCAAUGAAGGCAUCAGUAGCAGUCACUCAGUGGAGCCAGAGACUGUUUAGAACUGAGCCGGGCUCAUUAACCGGCAUGUAGCUACGCAUGUAAUAAAUAAUAACGUUACUGGAAUAUAGAGGGAGAAUGGCAAGCCUGUGGAGAUCCUACCAAGUGUUGAUGACCAAACGCCCCUGGACAGUGCAGUUAGUGACUGCUGGGACUUUAGUGGGUGUCGGUGAUGUCAUCUCCCAGCAGGUGUUUGAGAGACGAGGAUUGGCUCAUCACAACGUGCAGCGGACGGCCAAGAUGAUGAGCAUUGGUUUCUUCUUUGUGGGUCCAGUAGUCGGCAGUUGGUACAAAGUUUUGGACCGGCUGGUGGUUGGAGGGACUAAAAGUGCUGCCAUGAAGAAAAUGCUGGUUGACCAGUUGUUUUUUGCUCCGUGUUUCCUGGGAGCUUUUCUUGGUAUUUCCGGUGCUCUGAACGGACUGACGGUGGAGGAGAACGUCACUAAGCUCAAGAGGGACUACACAGAUGCCCUGAUCUCAAAUUACUACCUAUGGCCCGCAGUUCAGAUUGCCAAUUUCUACUUCAUUCCUCUACACCACAGGUUGGCUGUCGUCCAGAUUGUUGCUGUUGCUUGGAACUCCUACCUGACCUGGAAGGCCAAUAAGAUGUGACCAAUGAUCACAAGUCCGGCCUGUGAUGAUGAUGAUGAUAAUUUUACACUCAUUUGUAGUGUGUAUGUGUGACAUGGGCCGUUCUGGUCUAACAUACUUCUUCUGAUAUUUCCAAUGUGUAAAACUGUGACUGACUCACUUAUAAAAGCCAGGAGAAAGUGCUCGUCUACUCUGAAUGACAAAUUCACACUUGAAAGUCAAACUUGCGUUUGCAUAAAUGUCUUUUGAAAGUUUGUUAUUUAUGGAAAUGAGAUUUGGCAGUGGUGCCGCAGUGUAGACACACACAUUACACAUUACAUUAACACCAACUAGUUGCAAAGGAAACUUUUCUAAUCCAUGUAAUGUAUUGUUAAUCACAUAAAAUAAUUGUGUUAAAGGAGAAUUAUAUUACAGGUUAUUAGAAUCAUGUUUUGUCUCAUAAAGAAGGAGGUGCUCCCCUCAGAUUCUCUUCACACUGUUGAUUUUCAUCUUAUUCGUGUCUUUUAUCAGAUUUUAGAAAAUGCUCCACAAUUUGUAAUAAUGUAUUGUAAUUUACAUAUUUUAUCUUCACCUGCCUCACUUAUGUGCUUCUUCUACUACUAUCAGUUGCAGGAUGCAAUGCAUUCUGGUAUGUUGAGGCUUCUGGGUGAAGUAACCUGAUGUUAAAAUAAUAGUUUGACAUUUUUGGAAAUACACUUAUUAAUUUUCUUGCUGAGAGUGAGAGGAUAUCACUCUCGUGUCUGUACAGUAAAUGAAGAACCUACAGCUAGCAGCUGCUGAGCUUAGCUUAGCUUAGCACAAAGACUGAAAAUGGGGGUAAACAGCUAGCCUGGCUCUGUCUGAAGGUAACAAACUCUGUAUACCAGCACCUCUAAAGCUCACUGAUUAAUAUGUUGUAUCACGUUUGUUCAAUCUGUACAUAAACCAAAGUGUAAGUUGCUGUUUUGACUUUAGCUGAUGUUGUUACCUUUGGACAGAGCCAGGCUAGCUGUUUACUUUUAGUCUUUGUGCUGAGCUAAGCGAACUGGCUGCUGGAUCUAGCUUUUUAUUUACCGUACGGACCUGAAAGUGGUAUCAAUGUCGUCUUACUCACAGCAAAAAAUCAAGGUUAUUUCCCAAAAUGUCGAACUAUUCCCUUAAUCGAUCAAUGUCAUUGAAAUAUUUUCUGCUAAACUGCAUUGUACUAAACAACAAAAUAGACCCCUGAAUCCAUCGGUGCAUCGACAACCGCUGCUAAAGUUUAAAUUGUUUGUUUAUUAUUCAAUGUACAUGGAAUCUUUAUACUCAAAAUGUGCACAUUUUUAAUAACAAAGGCCACCUGUGGCAUGUAAAAUAUUCAAGUUUGACAUGAGGUG